AUGGACCAGCUGCUAAGGAGCAAUGACGGACCUGUAUUCGGGGCUCGGGGGCGGGCCGACGCCAGAGACGAGAAGAGAGGAGGGGAGGCCUCCUCCGUCGCCGCCAUCUUGGACCGGGCCCGUUCAGCUUCCGUGGAGCCGUCGGCAGCCGCCGCCGGGCCUUCCCUUGAGCCCCGAAUCCCCUACUCGCGUCAGGCUCGACUGGGCCGGACCCCUUCCCCUCUUCCCCCAGCGUCGUCGGCCGCCUUCCCGCUCCGCGACCCCUCCGCCUGUCGCGACCCGCCGGGCCCCGGCCCUGCCCUGGCCGCGCGCUCAGGCCUGCCUUCAGCUCGGGCGGGCAGGCAGGGAGCCUCCGCUCUCCUCCCGCGUCCCGAUUCCCGCGUGGCAGCGCGCCGUCCCCGGGUGCGAGGUGCCCGCCCUCCUCCGCGUCUGGCCGGUCUUGGAGCGAUGGGCGCGCAGCGGGCCGGGAAGAGGCUUUCAGCUGUGGGUGUGGGGGGCACAACUACAGUCAUGCCCUCCCCGGGUGCUCCCUUUAGGAUCGUGGCCUCUGUGCACCCGAAAGCUCCAGUUUGUUGGUGUCUUGCUAGGGGGAAGCCUCUUUGGAAGAGAUGGAUCUGGUGGAGGAAAAGUCCCCAAGACCCGAGGUUGCAGCUCCCGUUCAGCGUCCGUUUCCAAGGGAGUAUGAAGAGAGUUCGUCUGUAGGGCAGGGAAGAUGGCGG